AUGACUCAGCAGGUGAAGCUGCUUGCGACCAAAGAAUUCCUUCAAAAGACGAGUGAACGUUUAGCUUCUGGUGAAAUUACACAGGAUGAAUUCCUUGUUGUUGUGCAUCAAAUACGACAGCUCUUUCAGGAUCUAGAAGGAGGAGAGGAGCAGAGAUCUCCAUUCAAUGGUCAUUUUCCACUUAAGCGACCUAGAUGUGAAGAUUCAGAUAAACCAUUUGUAGAUGGCCCAGCAUCAAGAUUUGCUGGCCUUCAAACAAAUCAGCAGCUUACAGCUUUAGCUGCAGACCGACCAUUAUUUGAUGGGCCUGGUAGGCCAUCUGUGAGGAGAGAUGGCCCAGCCAAGAUUAUUUUUGAAGGACCUAAUAAGUUAAGCCGUAGAAUGGAUGGACCUUCUACACCGGGUUCUGCUUGGUUUGAUGGAUCACCAGGACAAAUGGGGGGAAGAGGUCCUAUGAGAUUCAAAGGUCCACAAGGUCAGUUAGGAGGUAUGGGCCCUUUGAGAUUUGAAGUUCCUCCAGGACCAGUAGGAACACCUCUGGAAUUGGAAGGGACAAUUGCUCAAGGAGGAGGAGGCAGUUUUCAAUUUGAAAGUUCAUCUAGUGUGAGUUUUGAAGGAUACACAGGUGGUUUGGGAUUUGAAGGACCCAGGGGUAAGCCUGUGGGUGAUCUCAGGUCUGAAGACCCUCAUGGACAGCCUGUGGGCAGACUUAGAUUUGAUAAUCCCCAAAGCCAGCCUGCAGGUGGACUUAGAUUUGAGAAGGGUAAUCGUCCAUCAGGGGCAGCAAUUAGGUUUGAUGGGCCUCAUGAUCAGCCAGGUGGUGCUAUCAGAUUUGAGGGCAGUUUUCUACAGCAAGGAGUUGUAAUGAGGUUUCAGGGUCCCCAGGGUCAGUCUGUAGCUGAUCUGAGAUUGGAAGGACAUAAUCAAUUAGGUUGGAACCUUAUGUAGGAGGGAAUACAUGGCCAACCAGGGGUUGGGAUCAGGUUUGAAGGACAUUUAGUACCAGGAGAGGGAAUGAGGUUUGAGAGUCCUGUACCAGGAGAUGGCCUGAGAAUUGAAGCACCUCUGGGUCAAGGUGUUCCAAGAUUUGAAGGUUGUCACUCUCUAAGGUUUGAAGGAAAGCCAGGUCAGCCAUCACUUUUGACAAGAUUUGAUGGAUUACGUGGCCAGCCGGGUCCUAGAUUUGAAAGAACUUGUCAACCAGGACCACAGAGAUUUGCUGGGCCACCUGUACAGCAGGUUCAACCAAGAUUUGAUAGUGUACCUCAAAGAUUUGAUGGGCCACAACAUCAGCAAGCAUCAAGAUCUGAUGUUUUUAUUGGUCUGAAAGGUACCCAACAAGACAAUCAUUCUUCACAAAAGCUUGAAUCUUUCAAUCAGACUAGCCCAUAUAAUGACCCACCUGGCAAAGCUUUGAAUGUUCCAUCUCCAAGACUACAAUUCCAAAGACAUGAACAAAUAUUUGAUACACCUCGAGGACCCAAUUUUAAUGGACCUCAAAGCCCUGGAAACCAGAAUUUCCCAAAUGCCCUUAACAGAGCUUCAGGACACUAUUUUGAUGAAAAGAAUCUUCAGAGUUCUAAGUUGGGAAACUUGGGCAAUUUACCUAGUCCAAUGUCAGUAGGAGAUAUUCAGACAUCUCAACAGGUUCUGACUGGUGUUGCUCAGCCAGUAGCAUUUGGCCAAGGACAACAGUAUUUAUCAGUUCAUCCACAGAAUGCUGGAAUUUUUAUUCAAAAUCCUUCAGGAGGUCUUCCUAAGGCAUAUCCUGAUCAUCAUGUCAGUGAGGUGGAUGUAAAUGAAUUGUUUUCAAAACUGCUAAAAGCAGGACUACUCAAAUUGUCACAGCCUGAUUCAACUGCAAUACAGGAAAAGGAGGCUGAUGCUCAGCCUCCCUCUGAAGAGGCAAAGGAUCAGAAUGAAGAUCAAGAUGUUCCAGAUCUCACUAAUUUUAAAACUGAGGAAAUGAAACAUCGUUAUGACAGUAUCAUAAACCGGCUGUACAUGGGGAAUCAGUGUUCUUCUUGUGGAACGAGGUUUCUGACAUCCCAGAGAGAUGUUCAUGCAGAUCACUUGGACUGGCAUUAUCAGCAAAAUAGAACUAAGAAAGAUGUUAGCAGAAAGUUCACUCAUAGACGUUGGUACUGCAGUUUAAAGGACUGGAUAGCUGAAGAAAUAGCUGAUCUGGAAGAACAUGCAGAACAGCAGUGUUUUGAAAAGUUUCAUAAAGACAUUGUCCAGAAAUCUCAGGAGGCUUCUAAAGCAAAGGAGUUCCAAAGUGUCCCUGCUGGACCAUUUGGAGCACUUGAGAGUUGUGAAAUCUGUCAAGAACAAUUUGAACAGUACUGGGAUGAAGAGGAGGAGGAAUGGCACUUAAAGAAUGCUAUUGGAGUAGAUGGAAAGAUUUACCAUCCAUCGUGUUAUGCAGAUGACCAAAACACAUCUUCUUUUGAUUGUAAACCAUCUGCCAUCAAGACGCCAGUUGAAAACCCUUGGAACAUUAUGUUGAACACUGUCCAAAAGGAUUUGCAAGAACCCUGUGAAAGUCUCAAAGUUAAGGAAGAGCAAACUGAUGUCCCACCAGCCAGUUCAGAAGAAAGUAUAGCAACACCCACUGAUAUUAAAACAGAAAACAAUACAGUUGAGUCAGUUUAA